GACCGAUAGUAUCACUCAUGCGUUGCUAAAAAGCAGUUGGGUCUGGAACAUAUAUGAAUGAAGAGUCGACAGUGACAGUCUGGCAAAUUACAGGCACCCCAGUAGCACAAGCAAGAGACAUCGUACUUUUACAAUCGAGCGCUGUUGAUAAGGCACAGGAUCUUAGCCUACGCAUAGUCAGCGCUAGCCCAUCCGUCGCGAGGCAAACGGACUAGAACUUCGCGUAGGUAGCAUCUCCACCGCCCCCCUUGAAGGGUAAACAUGUCCAAGCAGCGGAACAUUCGCAAGAAAGCGGCCUCGGAGGAGCCUGAGGAUGCACCGAAGGCAGACUUUGAGCCGGAGUGCAACAGGGACAAGCUGGCCGAGACCCGGCUGAUGCAGCAGCUUCGGAAGCGCACCGCAGGCACCGGCGCCUCCUCCCUCGCCAUGGGUCUAGCGGGGCCCGGCAUAGGGCCCGCCAGUGGGGCCGCGGCUGCAGGCGGCGGGGCCGGCCGGGCGGGGUCGGCGGAACCGGGGGAGGCCCCCUCGGCAGCUGAUGGGGGUGGCGGAGGAGCCGGGACGGUGGUGAUGGACGCGUAUGUGAAGGCCAAGUCCAUAGAGACGCAGCACAACGAGGAUGAACACAUGCAGAAGUAUAUAGAGGAGCAGCUGGCGUUACGACUGGGCAAGUCGGCGGCGCAACAGGCGGCGGAGGACGAGCUAGAUCCGGAGGCCAAGCGAAGGAAGAUCGAGGCGGAGCUCUACGCCGUGCCCGCCGACUUCCAGAGCCAGCUGGAGCAGGAGGUGGUGCUGCCGGGCCUGGUGAGCACGCUGGCGGAGGUACCGCUGAGUGCGCGCGACAAGCUGGCAAGCAUCGAGGCCACGGAGGCGCUCAAGCGGCGCAUGCUGGCGAGAGUGGGCGCGGGUACCCUGGUGUUAGAAGAGGAGGAGGAGGCGCGCGCACGGGACGCUGCUCGCAUCCGGCGAGGGCAAUUUGUGAAGCAGUUCGGGCGUGCGCCCAGCAAGCCUCUUUGGAGCCCGGAGGAGAUGGAGGCGGAGGCACGGAAGAGGAGGUUUGUUUCGGACAAGAGCGGAGGCGGCAACGGCAAGAGCAAGGGAGGAGGGCCGCGGUAGUUGGGGGUCGGCGGUGCUACCAUGAUGUGUUUGCUAUGUAGCGUUCGGUGUAACUGUUUCGAUAGAGCUCAUUGGUCGGUUGGGUUUGAGGCCUUACGAUGCUGAGGAACGCGUGGGGCCUGUGGAGGCCGGAAGACGUGGAGGGCGUGGAUGAGGUGAAGGAGUCCUUAACGGACAAUACUAGCCUACAUAAACGUGUAGUCGCGUAGUAAGGGUGCAUGUCUGGCACAGCUGCCUCACCCCUCACUCUGGUGUUUGGCACAUGGAACAGAAACUGGUAAUAGUCCGACCCC